CCCGCGCCGCCCUCCGCCCGCCGAGCUCCCGGCAGCUCCGCCGCUACGGCCACGUUCUCAAAAGCCGCAUCCGGCUGAGCUUACUCCCCGCGGCCCCGGGAGGAGACCCGGACGCUCAUCUGACGCGCGCGAGGAAACUGAGCCUAAGGCUGGAGGGGAGCUGCCCGAGGUCCCCCGGAAUUUCCGAUCUCAGGGAGGAGAGAUGAGAUCUGGCUAUCCCAGGAUGGCCACACCAAGCCUCCUCACGUGCCCUAGCUGCUCCCAUCUUGGCACACAGCUCUUGGUCACUGCUGAGCAGAGAAGGCCAGGGUGCGGCAGCUGCAUACGGUGAAAAAGGUGUGGACUGGCCCCCAUGGCUCCACGCAAGCAGUGUGUUGCCCUUCUGUCUCUUCCCUUCUCUGGGCUUAAGUCGGCUGUAUUAGUCUGUGAUCCCUCCAGCCCUAAAUCCUUUACUCCCAUAUCACCACGCAGUGAUUUCCACCCCCCCCCCCACCACCAUGAACCCCAGGAAGACAGGAACCACAUCUAUUUCACUGCUGUCCCCACAGACUAGCUGGGACUUGACUCCUAUUAGGAACCUAAUAAAUAUGUGUUCAGUGAUGCAUGCUCUGUCUUCCUCCGGUACAAGCACAAGAGGAGCCCAUUUGGAAAAGCCCCAGGCUCCUUCAUUUACUAGUUGUGUGGCGGGUCCUGAGCAGCUCAGUUACCCUCCCCAUAUGUAAAGUGGAGAUAUUAAUGGUGACUACCUAGGAGGGUUGCUUGGGGUAUGAAACCAAAAAAAUGCACAGGAAGUGCUUAGGACAAGUACCUGGGAGCCGAAGCUGGGCUGGUCCCCCUCCUGGCCUGAUUCCAGCCUGUCAGUGUAGCAAUGCAAGAUUCCAGAUAUGGCCUGACCACGCCAGCACAAUAGGCCUAUUAUUUCCCCCAGUCUGGACGUGACACACUGUUAAUGCAGCCUAAGACUGCAGGGCUCCAGAGCCUUUCUCUCCCAUGAUUAGUUCCCAUCAGGUUGUGAUCAACUAAAUCAUUCAGACCCUUUUCACCAGAGCUGGGGUCAAGUCAGGUCUCUCCCAUCCUCGGCUUUGUGUGAAUGUCUUGAAGCUCCCAGAAGGACAAUGUCAUCUUGCUCAUUCCAGCCUGUAGAAAUUAUUUUGAAUGCUGUUUCUGUUGCUCGCUGCUUUCUCUCCCUAAGUUUAGAUCCAGGCUGCUCCUUGCAACUUCAACUCCACCAUCCAUACUGUCGAUGGGAACAGAGCCCCACAACAUUCCUCCGGAGACAUUCACCAGCAAUAGAAGCAGAGCACCCCUAAUACAAAAGUUCCCAAUUAUUGAGCACCCACUGUAUGCCAGGCAAGCACCAUGCUAAGUGCUUUGUGUAACACCAUCUCAUUUACUCCUCACAACACCACUGGGCAGGGGGGUAGUUGGGGUAGUUUUUAUCCCUCCCCAUUUUAUAGAUGAUGAAACUGAGGCCAAGAGAGGGGAAGUAGGGACUAGUUUUAUAAACCCAGAGUGAGGCCCCUUCUGAUGGUGAGGAGUGUGGUUAUAGACUUGUCACUUAGAGAUGUCCUCCAAUCUUGAACACGUGUCUCCAUUGGCCCUCUUGGCCACUCUCCUUUCCCCUCUGCCCCCACACCACCAGGCCUGGAAUCCAAGGGGCUGUGCUGAGGCUCUUGUCCAUGAUGAGCAGAGGGCUUUACUAGCCUCAGGAGCCUGGAGCAGAGGCCUGGGCCCAUUGAUCAUAGCAACAUUCUUUCCAUCUAGGACAGCAGUGAGGACAAGCGCUUCUCCCUAAAGGGCAGACAGACAGCUCCCCAUUCUGGUAGGACUACCCUCCCAGCUGUCCUUGACCACUUCUGAGUCUAGCCCGACCUCACAGGCUAGGGCAACUGAAUUUCAGAGCAUCCCCCUCCUUGUGGCUCUCCACCUGUCUGUGCUCUCAUGGGCAUCAUGUCCAGCCCAGUCGGCUUCUUGUAUGCCCUAGCAUAAUCCCCUGAGAAUGUUUGGGGGAGGCCAGCAGGUCCCCAGAGCUUCUUGGAAGGCAGAGCAGCAGAGUUAAGUGCAGAGAUCCCAGGGACAGGUUACCUGGCUUCGUAUCUCUACCAUGACAGUUUACUCUUGGGCAAAUUACCAAAUCUCUAGACCUCACCUUCCCCAACUGUCAAAUAGGAAUAAUAAUCGUACCUAUCUUAAAGGGUUGGAAUGAGGAUUAAGUGGGGUGUUUAAAAUAGUGCUUGGCACAGAGCAAGCACUUUUAAAAGGAUGGUGAUGGUGGUGGUGAUUACCCUUAUUAGUACCCUUGGCGAAACCUUACCAAGCAAGACCACUUCAGUCAGAGGGGAGAGAUUUUGCCAUUCAUAGCUAGAGGCUAGGUUUCUGUCUGGUUAUACAAGGUGGUGUUUCCACCACUACUGGAUGCUAUCAGGCCAUGAUUGCCAGGUGGAGCUGUUGAGGUUGUGGUGCCAAGGGAAGGAGUUGUCAAGUAUGAUAGCUUCUACUUCUAUACAAUGGAAGAUCUCUUCUGUGCCUACUCGGAAGACUCACCACCCUGACUUCUGGAAAAAAGAGAUCAGCCUGGACUUUAAAAUAUACUUAGCUCAAGAGCCACUAGUAAGUUUACAUUCUGGGGGGUGGUGCUCUGAAGCCAGGGAAUAGCUAGAGGUAAGGACUGAGCAGGCCCUGGAGCAAGUGUUCCCUAAAACAGCAGCUGAUGGGGAUGUCCCAGGCCACUCUCCAUGUAGCCCCUAUUGUUUGUCUUGUGGGGAGGAGGCAGGGCAGAGAGUAGGAAGGAGGGACUCUUGAUAGUCCCAGGAGAGUCCUUUGGGUAGGAAGUGUCUGAGGGCCCUUGAAGUCACCAGGGAGGCUGCUAGUUCCUGCCUGGAUGUUGUUUGGGCAAUUGUAGAAGAGAGGCCCCAAGACCGAUCCAUCUGACCACAAGAGGCUCCAGACUACUCCAUGGGGAGGCCCCCUAUCCUGCACUUUCGGACCAGGCUAGGUGAUGGGUCUGACUUCUGAGCCUCAGGUGUCAGAAGGUGAGGGUCACUGGAGAGGGCCCAGAGAUUCCCUGGGACCCCCAGUGCCUCCCCCAACCAACCAGCCAGCAUUCCUGGAUCUUCUCAUCCUGGACUCCCCUCAGUUGAAGAUUCUUCCCAGAAGAGAGAGACAUCCCUACUCUUCAAGAGGACUCUGGCAAGGAGAGCCAGAUUGGGAACCCCAGGAUACAGGAUGACCAUUCUCUGAGCCCUGACUCGGUGUCAGGCAGUCCUCGAGGAGUUCAGAGUCUAGAGGGAGAGAUCAACAGGGUUGGUUUCUGUCAUGUAUAACCGAGCAUCCUGACUGGUACUGCAACCAUCUCAGACAUCUGUGGACCAGAGAGCAAGUUACCAAAAGGCAGUUCCAAGCCUUCUGCUUUAGGACUGCAACCAAACCUAGAACCUUUCUGACCUGCACCUUCAUUCAGCACAAAGCAGAGCACACAGCCUGUCUCAGUAAAUUCUGGUUGGCUGAAUCACUCACUGAGUCCACAAAUAUAUGCCAGAAGCUGUUCUAGGCACCGAGGUUCCGAAGCUAGUGAGAACGACUUGCUGCCUUCAAAGAUGUCCCACAUGCAUUUUAGACCCAAUAUAUUCAAGACUGAUGGUGUCAUCCUCCCUGCCUUUUCUCCCAACUCACACUUUUGGAUGCUCCAACCACAAUGAACCGCUUGCACUUCUCAUUUCCCUCUGCCUGGAUGCCAACAAGGAAACUGAAGUUCAGGAAGGUUAAAUCUGACGCUCCGAAGUCCAGCAUCUUCCUACCUCGCUUCUCCGAGGUCCGGGUUUGCACCAACCGCAGUGAAGAAACGGGCCAACAGGGAGCGGACAUGGACUUCGACUCGUACCAGCACUAUUUCUACGACUAUGACUGCGGGGAGGAUUUCUACCGCUCCACGGCGCCCAGUGAGGACAUCUGGAAGAAAUUCGAGCUGGUGCCGUCGCCCCCCACGUCGCCGCCCUGGGGCUCGGGUCCAGGCGCCGGGGACGCAGCCCCUGGCGUUGGUCCCCCGGAGCCGUGGCCCGGAGGGGGCGCCGGGGAAGAGGCGGAGUCCCGGGGCCAUUCGAAGGCUUGGGGCAGGAACUACGCCUCCAUCAUCCGUCGUGACUGCAUGUGGAGCGGCUUCUCCGCCCGGGAGCGGCUGGAGAGAGCGGUGAGCGACCGGCUCGCCGCCGGCGCCCCCCGGGGGAACCCGCCCAAGGCGCCCGCCGCCCCGGACUGCGCUCCCAGCCUCGAAGCCGGCAACCCGGCUCCCGCAGCCCCCUGCCCACUGGGCGAGCCCAAGACCCAGGCCUGCUCGGGGUCCGAGAGCCCAAGCGACUCGGAGGGUGAAGAAAUAGACGUCGUGACAGUGGAGAAGAGACAGUCCCUGGGUGUACGGAAGCCGGUCACCAUCACGGUGCGGGCGGACCCUUUGGACCCCUGCAUGAAGCACUUCCACAUCUCCAUCCACCAGCAACAGCACAACUACGCCGCCCGCUUUCCUCCAGAAAGCUGUUCCCAAGGGGGGGCUCCAGAGAGAGGUCCCCAAGAAGAGGCUCUGGAGAGAGACGCCCCAGAGGAAAAGGAAGAAGAAGCGGAUGAAGAGACCGUGAGUCGCCCCCCCGUAGAAAGCGAGGCUCCCCAGUCCUGCCACCCCAAAGCUGGCAGUUCUGACACCGAGGAUGUGACCAAGAGGAAGAACCACAACUUCCUGGAGCGCAAAAGGCGGAACGACCUCCGUUCUAGGUUCCUGGCCCUGAGGGACCAGGUCCCCACCCUGGCCAGCUGCUCCAAGGCCCCCAAGGUGGUGAUCCUGAGCAAGGCCUUGGAGUACUUGCAAGCCCUGGUGGGGGCCGAGAAGAGGAUGGCCACGGAAAAAAGGCAGCUCCGAUGCCGGCAGCAGCAACUGCAGAAGAGAAUUGCCUACCUCAGUGGCUACUAGGUGACCAAAAAGCCUGACUGCUCUGUCUUACAGAGACCUGAGUUUAUUUUCUAACCUUCCUUCUCCCCCUUAGUAAUUUGCACAUUUGGAUUAUGGAGGGACAGUCGGAACUGUACAUUCCAGAAGGUGGUGCAGCCUUAGGGGGCAGGGCAUGCCCUCCCAGGCAGGGCUCGCGUUCUUGGGAACCCUGAAACCCAGCUCUCCCUCCUCCCUGACUCCCAGGAGCACUGGGUCUUCUCUGGCGCCUUUGGCUUCUCAGGCAGGCAGCUGACCGAGGAGACUUGGGGUCGGCCUAGCUCACUAGCUCGGAAGAAAAGCCUGACAGAUGCUAUGCAACAGGUGGUGGACGUUGUCGGGGGGCUCCAGCCUGCAUGAAAUCUCACACUCCAGAUGAGCUUGAGGCUGGGAAAGGAUGCUCCCACUGGUGUCUCUGGGGUGACGCUAGGACAGCUGGGCCCGGACACCCUCCCUAAGGCUCUUCUUUCCAGGAGACACACGAGCUAUCUGGGGUGAAGACAAGCUCACAGACUUGAUCAACAUGGACCGUUACCUCACUGACAGACACUUUACAGUAGCUGAGGAGUUGGAAACCUUUAAUAUAUAUAUAAUGAUGUUAGCCAACACCCCUUCUCCCACUCUCAAUGCUGCGACCUUGAGAACAUUUAAAAGAGCUUGACCUCUAAAUUCUUUGUCUCGUGAAGCCCUCUGGGCCCUUUUCUCUGAGGGAGAAAGCAUUCUGUCCUCACAAGGGACUUUUUUGUUUCCUUCUGCCUUUGUUAUGCAAUGGGCUCUCCAGCACCCCUUUCCCAAGGUCAGAAAUAUUUCCCCAAGACACUGGGAAAUGGGUCCUACUAGCCUGCCGCCUGGGGAAGGCUUGGAGUCCUGGCUGUGAACUUGUUAUCUGCCCAGGUGUUUUCCAGUUUGGAAUCUUUUCUCCAGGCAGAUGUCAGGCACCUCAGAGGGAGAACUAUACCACUUCCUCUUCCCCACUUCCCUCUCAUCUCAGACCCUGACUGGUAAGUUUGAAGUUCUACUAGAACCAUGCAGGCUGUCCUUCUAGGGCAACUCCAAGGAGCUUGCUUGCUGGCUUUGCAGCCACCCUCUGGCCCCUUGCCAGCCUGACAUGAGUCAGAUCUCUUUCCCAGAGUCUGGGCCUUACUGGAGUUCUUGCUAGGAGAGUUGCUGGGACUCGUCCAGGGCUCCAGAAGUGGACUGGUUUCCUGGUGGGUUUUAAAAGAGCUUCCAGAAGCUCUGCUUAGCUGACCAUGGAUUUUGCCCCAGGUGAACUUGGUACCUCCAAGUGGAUUCCAGGUGCCGCCUCCAGUCUGGAAAGGCAUCCAACCCAACAGGUGUCCUAUGGGCCAAGCUCAGCAGCCCCUAAGCCUGGCCUGGAAGAAAGAUCAGCCCCUCCAGAACUCUGCCCAGGGCAGCAGGUGCCUACUGGCUGUGGUUUUAUAAGUGGGGGAGGGGAGGAUGGUGGAGCACUCUUGGGGGGUCUGAGAGCCAGCUGCUACUUCCAAACUUAGGCACAAUGGUCUGUUUCUGAGGUUGCUUCCUCGCCUCGGAGAACCCCAGCGGAAGUUUGGAAAAAACCUCUCUACCUUCUGGAGUAUGGUUUUCGGGAGCCAACUGACUUCUGGAACUGUCUUUGGAGAACAGGUGGGAUGUAGGUUACUGAUGUAUCACCCGAAUAGCUUGUGUUUUAUAAGCGGCUGUUGGGUCUUAGAUUGGGAGCAGUGGUUUGUUUUAUUUGUGGGGUUUUUUUUAAUACUGUAUUUUUGUAUGCCUUUUGCAAAGUGGUGUUGUUUUUGUACAAGAAAAAAACUCUUGAGCAAUUCUCGUGUUGCAAGAGUCUGAUUUAUUUUGAAAGGCAAGUUUACCUGAAAUUUUGAAUUUGUUGUGAUUAUCAAUUGCCUGAUUUUAAAAUGUUGCCUUCUGGGACUUCUAAUAAAAGAUUCCUCAAACAUGUCAGAGUGGGGCACCUUAUGCCAAGUCCCCCUAAGCCAAGGAAAACUAUUUCAGGGUAACCACCAGUGAUCCAGAGGGCUGCAUUUUUCUAACCAUGUUGCCAACCAGGUCAUUCCACUUUGGGUUCCUGAAAUGCCAUUUCAGACAUGUCUAAACAAUGUAGGUUGUGUACUGGGUGAACAUGAAAUUCUUUUGUGAAUUGCACAGAGUGCUGAAUUUGUACUUCAAAAGGUUUGAAAUCCCAGUUCCACUACUUAACUUCUU